CGAUAUGCCGCUGUGCAAAUCGUUCCCGAGGGACUGACGCCGCGAUACUUUGUCGACAGGUCGCAUCCGUUGUUCAAGCGCGAGGGAGCUUGCGGCGACAACGCUCACAGCUGCCUUGACACUGGCCACGGCGACCUCUGCUGCGACAACAACAGCUACUGCUACGUCAACACCUCCGACCAGCUCAGAUGCUGCGCAAUCGGCCAGGCUUGCUCCUCAGACAACCCUUGCGGUGCUACCGCUGUCCGCUGCUCUGUCACACGCACAGUCACCAUCACAUCCACCUCAUCCGCCGCCAAGACAACCUCCAAAGAACCCGUCAUCACACGAACAACCACCACCGUCCUCACCGGCUGCUGCGGCCGCGCGUGUCCGCAGACGAGCUUCUACCUCUGCGCCUCUUCCCUCGGCGGCAACUGCUGCCCCUUUGACUCAAACUGCCAGGCUGGCGGGCACUGCGUCUCGGCGAAGACAGCCCCGCCUCCAGGCCUCACUCCUGUCGCUGACGGCUGCACCACCAGCCAGUUCCGGUGCGCGGACGGCAACGGCUGCUGUAACAACGGCCAGACAUGCACCUCGUUCGCAGGGUCGGCCUACUGCUCCACCGCAACCGGAGGCCCGACUAGCACCCUCGAGGCGGGCAGCGACUCUGGCUCCGGCUCCGGCUCCUCAUCGUCCGGGGGCCUCUCCCCCGGUGCGGAAGCAGGUAUUGCCGUCGGCGCGGUGGUGGGCGGCGGCCUCAUAGUCGCGGCAGCCGUGUGGUUCUAUCUCACAAGACGAAGAGCGGCGGCGCAAAACCGCGUAUACAACGACGCCUCCCUACAAUCUGGAGACGCGAACGGCGCCAUUCCGGGUGAUAUCGCCAUGGCCAACGCAGCGACGUCGCCUCAGGCCCAGCAGCAACAACGAUGGACACUGGUAUCUUCCGUAACUCCGUCUGGCGCCGUAACUGACGCAGGCACCGUCAGGUCCCCGUCAUCCGCCCCGGAUCCCGUCGAGCUUGCGACGGAACAGCGCAUGGAAAUUCAAGGCACCGAAGUCUUGUCGCCCAAGUCCGGCGUUAGCAGCAUGGCUUUGACGGACCUCCGAACCCCAGAGACUACGGACGGACGAUUUGAGUUGCACGGGUCGG